AUGUCCGCUAAGUCGACUCUCAUUGCCGCGGCGGUCAUGCUGGCCAUGGCACCGCUCCACGCAGGCGCGCACAUGAUUUUGAAAAGCCCGGUCCCCUACGGCAACCCCAACAACUCUCCUCUCGAGGCCACCGGCUCCGAUUUCCCUUGCAAAGCCGUUCCCUACACCGUCAACACCAUGAAUGAGUGGCCAGUGGGCUCCGAACAAACACUCUCAUUCACCGGCACCGCUGUCCACGGCGGCGGCUCCUGCCAAAUCAGCGUAACCACUGACAAGGAGCCCACAAAAGAGUCAAAGUGGAAAGUCAUCUACUCAAUCGAAGGUGGCUGUCCCGUUGAGGCUGCAGGUAAUCUUGACCAAAACGGUCCUAGCACCAACAAUGCCUUCAAGUACACUGUGCCUGCCGAGCUCCCUAAUGGGGUCAUGACAAUGGCAUGGACGUGGUUCAACAAAAUCGGAAAUCGGGAGAUGUACAUGAACUGCGCGCCCAUUACUGUCUCUGGUGGUUCUGAUGACACAGCUGGCUUCGACGCGCUCCCCGACAUGGCAGUCGCCAAUAUCGAGGUUGGUACAUCCUGCGGCACAACCGCGGACAGCAAAGAGUUCACCUUUGAGAAUCCCGGAAAGUACGGCACGGUUGCCGGAACAGGUCCGUUCGUGGAUCUCUGUUCAGGCAAGACUACCCAGGCAAGCUCCUUCAGUGGUGGCAGUGGUGGUAGUGGCAACACUGAUACUGAUCCUGCUCCUGCUCCCGGUAACUCAUCUGCCGCCAACCCUCCCUCUGCUCCAACGGCUUCUCCACCCGUAGCCACACCACCCUCCGUGUCCACCACAGCAUCAACUUUCCGCACCAUCAAAACAGUCACUGCGCCCAUGCCCCCGCUACCCUCCAAGACUGGUGGUGUAUUCGCACCAGGCGCUAGCUCCGCUAUCAUGCCAACUGCAUCCGCCGUCGCCCCAUCUGCGCCUCUCCGUCCAACAGGUCAAGCUCCUGCAGCAUCAGUAUCGCCUCAGCCACAGCCGUCAGCCACACCCUCUCCCAAGAGCCCGGUCGCCGGUUCCGCAGGCGAGGCAUGCAGCACUGAUGGUGCUACUGUUUGCUCAGCCGAUGGUACAAAGUUUGGUACUUGUAACUUUGGCAAAGCGAUUAUGCGGCCUGUGGCUGAUGGGACGACGUGUAAGGAUGGGGCUAUUGCGAAGAGAGGGGAGAAGGAGUAUCGCCAUCGGAAUCAGAGGACUGCUGUUUAG